AUGGCGGUGAUUUGGAACAUCACCUCUGCCCCCACGUUCAUUGUCUUUCAACUCUUCCCAACGCCCUGGAUCAUUGAGCCAGAGCGUCCUAUCAUCAGAGCACACCUUUCUGCCUGUGUCAGUCAACAAACAGGCCUAGUCCUGCACCGAAGCACAGACAUGAUGCCGUCCCAAGGCUCUCAACACACCAAUUCAACUGGCUCUGCCCAGACAACCAGCAGUCAAUCGGCUCCAUACCACCAAAAUGAGCCUCGUACUCCCUAUGGUCCGAGAUACCAACACCCUGGCAACUCUUCCCGGGAGAGCAGCGUUUCAUCGCUUGCCCACAGGUUCGGAAGCAUGAACCUGCAGAACUCUCGUCCGAAGUAUGGUGGCCAAAAUAGUGCUGCGCCCGUGCAGGUCAAUACAAACAUGGACUGGUCGAAUGCUGGCCGUGCUUACAACAGCCCAUUUAUCCUUGUUCCCAACUCUACCAUGUUCAAUGGCGUUCCAGCCGUCUCUUCCUUUGUUCCCAAUGGCGUCGCUGGUCAAGCAGAUCAGGUGGGCCAAUUCCCUUACACUGCUGGCAUGUAUCCAAACAUGGGACCUGUGGUUCCUGGUGGGUACUCGUGGCCCUACAUGAUGAACUACGACAUGCAGGACGCCAACAAGCAAGCUACAUGGACUGAUGGUCAGAAGGGAGCUCAAACGGAGAACACCGGUCAAAUCCAGUACUUCCCUUCGAACUACGUUCCCACCAUGGACCCUUCCAUGUCUGGAUACUCCUAUGGAAACAUGAUGCCACAGAUGGGAUCAAUUGCACUUCCCCUUCAGAUGAUGAAGACACCCAACGGGUACGUUAUCCAAGACCUGGAGGCCCUGACCCAGCAAGAUCCCCCAAUUCCUCGCGCAGUGCCUGCUAUGUGGACCAACCCAUCUGAGUUGACACUUGCCAAAUGCCUGGAGAACCGCGAGGGCAUUACCAAUGUCUACAUCCGUGGGUUCCUGCCCGAGACCUCGGAUGAGAUGCUGCAUGCCUAUGCAGCUCGGUUUGGAAAAAUUGAACGUUGCAAGGCCAUUGUUGACCUGGACACCAGUUUCUGCAAAGGAUUUGGGUUCGUUCAAUACUACAGUUUCGAGUCCUGCGAGAACUGCAUUCGCGGUUUCUUCUAUCUUGGCUACCAAGCUAGCUUUGCCCAGAAGUCUCGCAACUCUCGUCUCAAAGACCUGGAGGAUCGGUCUUCUACCAACAUCUACUGCACGAACAUCCCGAUUGACUGGACCGAAGCUGACUUGCGACGUCAUUUCGAGCCAUGGCGCGUUGUCUCCGAGAAGAUCAGUCGCGAUGAGAAGACUGGUGUGAGCAAGGAAGUGGGCUUUGCACGUUUCGAGAACCGCGAUGUUGCCGAGAAGGUGCUGAUGGAGUUCCACAACGUCACAAAGGAUCAUGGUGUCAAGCUGCUAUUGCGCUUCGCCGAUACCAAGGCUCAGAAGAUUCUGAAGCAACAGAGCAACGAGCGUCGAGCUUACCGCGCCGGCGAGUAUAACUACUCCGUUGAGGUGGUUCAAGGCUCUACUCCAUCCCCUUCGAUGCAACGUGGCCCUCUUCUUACCCCUAACUCUCAAGUGAGCUACACUUCUCCAGCUGGAGUGGACUCCAACUGGACACCAGCCACUUCGAUUUCUCCUUGCCACCCGCUCAUGAAGAAUCCAUCCAGCUCCCUGUCCACUCGGAGCCUCAAUGCCCUUGACAACACGCCCGCAUACCGCGGCCGCGGCUUCUCCAAGGGCCGUCACUCAAUAGCUGAUCUCUCCGGGGGUUCCUCCAAGACUGUUAUGCCUGAAUCCCCAGAAAUAGAGCCUUUGAUCUACAUGUCGACCCCCCCUCGCAAGGAGAACGUCAGGGCAGAAUCCAUGUCGCCCAUGCCUUCUCGCAUGGAGGUUUGUGUUUCUCCAGCCCGCUCAUGCACUUAG